UAAAACUGAGAAAAAGUGUAAAGAAAGAAGUGGGCGAAGAGUCACAUUUUUAAAUAGUACACAACAACAAACAAAACAAGUGAAAUUAGUGCCAAAAUAUAUGAAUUAUAUAUAACAUAUGUAAUUCGACUAAAAAUCACAAAUAUAUAACGCAUAAAUCAUAGCUGCAAGUAAGAACAACAAAAUGCUACCCAAAAUUUUUCACAUAAUUGCUAUUGCGCUACUGGCUUUAUUCGCUCUAAUGCCAACAAGUCAAUGUGGACCGUUGCCAAAAGUGGAUGAGCAACAACUUUCGAAAAUACCACAAUGGCAUUGUUUGCGCUACUUCAAACACGAUUUAUUGAUGAUGCGCCGCUGCCGGCAUUUGCAUGUGCCAACGGCUCCACGCUCCGGUAAUGUCAAAUGAGUACCAAUGUACGGGAGACCAUGGCCUCCACCAACAACACAAAGGAAUGGCGGCCUCGUUGCGGACUGGUUAGCUGAAUGACUUAAAUGAGGCAUACACAAAUUAUAUUUGGAGGGUACGUUGAUUUGUAUGCCAUUGCGACGGAGACAUGUCACAUAACACACUGCCAAAACACAACAACAACACCAGCAAUAACAGUUGUAAACAAGUAUAUAAUACUUAUGGUGUAUUGAUCAAGGAUUUACAUUGUUAGGCACAAAUUUGUAUACUCAAAUGACACAAAAACCGGCAGCCACUGACUGAUUUUCAACCAAAAAUACACACGUACAUAAAUACUACAUGUGUAUAUAGUGUAAGCGUGACUGAUUAAAUAAUCAAAAACACGGAAAUGCCGGCAAACAAUUGCUUUUUAUUUAAUUUUGCUUAAAACUCAUUUUAAUAUUUUCAUACAUACAUACUUACAUAUAUCUUUAAAAAGCACAUGCACAGUUACUUAUGUGUGCUUACAUGAGUAUAUACAUACAUACAUAUAUGUAUGUACAUAUGUAUAUAUGUACUUGCACAUUAGCAUGCACAUAAGGAACUGAUUUUGUGGGCCGCAAAGGAACUCAAACUCGAAUAAAACACUUUGGCGAUUUCCUUCAACUCAAUGAGAUUUUUGAGAGCGAUAAUUCUUUGUAUGCAUGUGUGUGUAUUUUCCAUUGAGUUGCAGUGUCAUUUAGUAAAAAUAUAA